GUUGCUACGGUGACACCUCACAUCUUCUACAUUGUAGAGCAUCUCGCUCGUUUCGUUCUUCGCAAAUAUGAUGCCGUCAAUCGUAGACGAUUUUGAAGAAUCCGAAAAAGAAGACCGACGACCGUUGUCUCCGGUCAACGAGGCUGUUGUGAGACCGCCAAGGACUCUAGAUGAUGCGUUGAAAAUUCUGUUGCCUCGAAUGCAACCACAGAAGGGAAUCUCAGGAUUAACAGUAGAAGAUCAACAGGCGUUUGUUCGCGUUAUAAUUGGAGAGGCAGCUGGUUAUUGGCAAAAUUUAGAGAAACCGAUUGCUUAUCCAUUCUUGACACUCUCUGAGAACAGAGAAUUACACAGAAUGGUGGCUGUUGAGUUUCUUUCUGUUGCUGUUAGUCUCUUCAACUCAUAUAUUGCCAAACCAUUGACUCUUCAACAGCGGAAGGUUUUUGACAGCACAGCUAAUGCAACUCGAUUGAAAGCUCUACUUGCGGUUGAAGCAAACAGAGAACUUAACGUUUCAUUAAUUUGUCGCCGUUGUUUAACAUUAUUGAAAUCAGACUCAACAAUCGGCAAAAGCAGAACAACUACUGUUCGUGUUGCUGUUGGUGCAAAACAUGAAGAGACAGUGUCAGAAGAAGUUGAGAGGAGACGAGCUAUUGCUAACGAAAUUAAGGAUCUCACACAGCGCAUGCCAACCAUCACCUCUUUCAGACUAGCUGAAGUUGAAUCUCACAAACAAGAGCAACAACGAAGUUCUGAAAGUCAUCAGUUGCACAAAGGAGAGGAAUUAGAAAAAGAGAUACAACACUUUCCACGGCUAGUGAAAGAAGAGUCUUCUUCUCUAUUGGUGGCAAUGAAGGACGAACAUGAAAUUGAGAAAGCUAUUGAAGGCAGUCUUCACGGUUUCUCUAGCACGGACAUUGCAAGUAAAUCCGAAGGAGAGGAUCAUUUGUUGGAUGGUGAUGUACAAGACACUGAUGUGUUACGCAAGAUAGAGGCACCUUUAACCUGCAAAAAACCGAUGGUUAAAAGUUCUACUCCAGUUGUAGAAACAGCCAGAAUCGAUGACCUACCCAUUCUACUGCAAGCUGUUGGUCAAUGGAGUGGUUUAAUAUCCUCCAGGAAGUCUCGGGAUUCUUCCAGACACAGAGGAAAAGAUGAUGAAAAAUCUCAAAUAGAUGAUGACAAUGACGAAUCUCAAACAGAUGAAGAAAAAGAUGAUGGCAUGGAAAACUUUAAUGAAGUAUCUUUAAGAGACAAGGAAAAAAAGGAUGACACAAAAAAUGACAUCUCUUCAUCAAAUGAGGAGACUACUACUAAUGAUAAGCCACAUGUACAGCCAGCUGUAGUUACAACUCGAAUUCCAGAUUUGUACAAACAUGUUGUCGAUGUUGUUCGGAUGUCAGAUGUCAGGGUUUCAGAAAGGAUACCUAAAUCUUGUCUCCUUCUGAAGCCUUGUGGUCUAAUUUACAAUGAGCUGCUGGGAGAGAUUUCUCCCGAAGAAGUAAAAUUAAUGGACAGAAAUUUGUAUCGUGGAGAAGAAAUUAAACAUGUUUAUGAGGAAAUUAUGCAGACAGUAGAAGAUGAGCAUUUGAUUUAUGACAAGGAUGAGAUUAUUGAGCCUACUGCUGAGGGCAAGAUUAAUAUCAAUGAUAUGUUCAGCUCUGUGACAUUACACCAUCGUCGUAGUCGUCGUAUCAUAAAUGCAGAUCUUCGUCAUGCACAGCAUCCGCCAUGGUCUGGCAAGGAUCAACAAGAAUGGAUUAUGAGCAAUCAGUAUAAUGGCCCUCUUCCAUCAGAGUACAUGAAAACACAUUCAUUACUUUUGGUACCAUCAGAAAUGCUACGAAUAUCACGUCAAUAUGAAUAUUGGAGGUUAUGGUGGAAAUCAACAAUUAACACAGACGAUUUUCUAAAAUUUGUGGCACGAAAAGAGUCUGACUACCUUCAUCACAUAUUUCAUCUAUAUGAAUCAGAAGGUGAUGACUCAGAAGAUGAGGAAAUUGCAGAGCAGAGGAAGGCAGAAGAAGAACAGCGAAAAUCAAAAGCAAGGGAGAGACAGAAAAAAGUUGAACAGUUGAAAAUCAAAAAGCAAGGCUUUACAAAAGGCAUGUGGAAUGUAAAUACAAUAGCAAUGGGAGGUCUUGGUGAAGAGCCAGAACUUGAAGGUGCAGUCACAGUGAAUUUUACACACUUCUAUUUAGACAUCUCAAGGUCACAGUGCAUGUCUGUGAUGAUGGUGUACUGUAUAGUCUGUAGUAUAGCAUGUAUAGGUUAUCGUAUGAUUAGCGUGCUAAAUGGCUUUUACCAGCAAAGGGGCGGGGUUAUCACUCAAGGCAAAGCCAAGGGCUGUAACCCCGCUCUGACUGCUGGUAACAGUCCUAAAGCACGCUAGUCAUACGAUAAGUAAUUUUACAUGUACCAUUGUCACGUGACAUGUAUAAAAUAUAAGUGAGACUGUGAUAUUAG